AAAAAAAAAAUUCAAAAUUCAAACGGCUACUUUCCCACUCUAAUUCAAAUUCAAAAUCCCAACGGUUAUAUCUCCCUCCAAUCCAAUCCAGUUAUAAAUUUUGUCCAACUCCGGAGUCUUUUUUGUCACUCAUUCUAUCACACUAACUUCUCUUUUGAUCGCCUUCUCCUCAGAGCUCUCUCAUUCUUCUAGCUAGGUCAUCCAGCCAUGAGGGAGUGCAUCUCCAUCCACAUCGGCCAGGCUGGUAUCCAGGUCGGAAAUGCUUGCUGGGAGCUCUACUGCCUCGAGCAUGGCAUCCAGCCCGAUGGCCAAAUGCCCAGCGACAAGACCGUUGGCGGAGGUGACGACGCUUUCAACACCUUCUUCAGCGAAACUGGCGCCGGGAAACACGUUCCCCGCGCUGUCUUUGUAGAUCUAGAGCCCACCGUCAUCGAUGAGGUCCGCACUGGCAGCUACCGCCAGCUCUUCCACCCGGAGCAGCUCAUCAGCGGCAAAGAAGAUGCCGCCAAUAACUUUGCCCGCGGCCACUACACAAUUGGGAAAGAGAUUGUCGACUUGUGCCUUGAUCGCAUCCGCAAGCUUGCAGACAAUUGCACAGGCUUGCAAGGGUUCCUAGUCUUCCAUGCUGUCGGCGGUGGCACUGGCUCUGGCCUCGGAUCACUGUUGCUCGAGCGUCUCUCCGUCGAUUAUGGCAAGAAGUCCAAGCUCGGCUUCACUGUCUACCCAUCCCCUCAAGUCUCUACCUCUGUUGUUGAGCCUUACAACAGUGUUCUCUCAACCCACUCCCUUCUUGAGCACACUGAUGUCUCUAUACUUCUUGACAAUGAGGCCAUCUAUGAUAUUUGCCGCCGAUUGAUUGGCAUUGAUAGGCCUUCAUACACAAACCUAAACAGACUAAUCUCACAAGUCAUCUCAUCUUUGACAGCAUCCCUCCGUUUCGAUGGUGCCCUGAAUGUUGAUGUCACUGAGUUCCAGACCAACCUAGUCCCUUAUCCACGCAUCCACUUCAUGCUCUCAUCCUACGCUCCUGUGAUCUCUGCUGAGAAGGCAUAUCACGAGCAGUUGUCAGUGGCGGAGAUCACCAACAGCGCAUUCGAGCCUUCAUCGAUGAUGGCCAAAUGUGAUCCUCGGCAUGGAAAGUACAUGGCUUGUUGCUUAAUGUACAGAGGUGAUGUUGUACCAAAGGAUGUGAAUGCUGCUGUGGCCACCAUCAAGACGAAGAGAACAAUCCAGUUUGUUGAUUGGUGCCCGACCGGCUUCAAAUGCGGGAUAAACUAUCAACCGCCGACUGUGGUGCCUUUCGGAGAUUUAGCAAAGGUGCAAAGAGCAGUGUGUAUGAUAUCAAAUUCGACUAGUGUUGCCGAUGUCUUCUCUAGGAUCGAUCAUAAGUUUGAUUUGAUGUAUUCAAAGAGGGCUUUUGUGCAUUGGUAUGUAGGGGAGGGGAUGGAGGAAGGUGAGUUUUCAGAGGCUCGAGAGGACUUGGCGGCACUCGAGAAGGAUUAUGAGGAGGUCGGAGCCGAAUCCGGUGAGGGUGAUGAGGAUGAAGAUUGUGGUGAAGAGUACUAGAUUGAAUUUAGAUACAUUAAAAAUAGAUAGAUGCUUUGUCUAUCAUUGUUUCCUUGCUUGUUUUGUUCUAGUGAAAUCAGUGUUCUUUCUUGUUUUCUCUUUUUAUUACAUGCAAAGUAAAAAUGUUAUAAUGUGA